AUGAAGUUCGGUUGCAGCGUCACGUUAGUGGGGUCUGGGUUGUUGAUGGCGGGAGGGAUGAAUUUUUUUGGCGCUUUGCUGCUGAAAGGUCGAUUCGCGUUACUGGUUUCAGCGGCAUUUUUGCUUUUAGUCACGCAAUUUUUCACGGCAGCAGAAGGAAAUGGGAACAUUGUCUCCAUUAAAGAAGGGAAAAGCAAGUGCUUCAAUGAACUGAAGAACUUUUGCUUUAAGAAUACAUUGUUACCUGGAUGGAGAGAGAUUUGGACACGGAUUCAGAUCCGAGUGAACAGUUCUGAGAAGUUUAAAAUAAAGCAAGUAGAAGAUGAAAUGGAGCUGGAAGAUCCAGGGGUGUGGAGCUGGAUCAUGGAAUUGGCAACAUCGAUGCUGAAGGAGAAAGUGAAUGAAACUUACCUCAAUGUUGAUUUGUUCAGCGACAAAACUUGCUUUAAGGUGGAACCAAGCAAUAGAGUGGAGUAUGAGAUCCUAUUGACACGCCGUUUCGAUCCACAGUUGAUCCUAAUCUUCGCUUUUGGGCUGCUGCUGUUUUUCUAUGCUGAAAGUUUAAGCAGGAGUCAGCUUUUCUUCUAUACAUCAGGAAUGAGCAUUGGUGUAUUGGCUUCAGCCAUUAUUGUCAUCUUUCUCCUGUCUCGUUUUCUACCCAAGAGAAGUUCUCUCUACUUGUUGGUGGCAGGUGGUUGGUCUGUGUCUCUGUAUCUGAUCCAAGUGACCAUAAGGAAUUUGCAGUUUCUCCUGAAAGAGUACUGGCAGUAUGUUUUAGGCUAUGUGACAAUUUCUGGCUUCAUCAGCUUUGCCGUCUGUUACAAGUACGGACCCCCCGAGAAGGAGAGAAGCAUCAAUCUGCUGAACUGGACCCUGCAACUCUGUGGGCUGCUUCUAAUGUACUCUGGGAUUCAAGUACGACAGGUUGCCCUGGCCCUCAUCAUUGUAGCUUUCUGCAUCAAGAACAUUGAAGUGCCCUUUCAGUGGUCGUACACUGUGUACAAGCAAGUGUUCAAACUAAGAAACAAGCCAGAGCCCCGAAGGCUUCUAACUGAGGAAGAAUAUCAAAGGCAAGGAGAAAUAGAAACUCAAAAAGCUUUGGCGGAACUGCAAAAGUAUUGCAGCAGCCCUGAGUUCAAUGCGUGGAAAAUAGUGUCCAGACUGUCAACACCAAAGAGAUUUGCUGACUUUGUUGAAGGGGAGUGUCACCUCAACCCAAAUGAAAUUUCUGUUCACGAACAAGAAUACGGUCUAGGCAGCAUGCUUGAUCUAGAGGAUGAAAUCUAUGACACUGAUUUUUAUGAAAACGAAUAUUGACACUGGGCCUUGGUGGAAAAUGCUCGUCAUUCUGAGUGAGGUCUGUCAAUCGGAGAUGAGGCCUCUUUCUGCGGAGGAGGAAACUGUUUACAAUGCCUCUUUGACUCCUGACGUGGAUAAUUGAAAUAAAUAAGAAGACAUUAACUGUUGCAUCAGUACACUUGGCAAAGCUUCAGUGCGGGUGUGAUCUUUAUCCAGAUUGGACCCAAAGUGCUGGAGACUGAUACUGUAUGUACACAGUACAAGGGUUCUGUGUCCCUGAAUUCAGUCUCCCAUUGGGUGCUUCGGUGUUUUUAAAGAAUUGAUCUGACUUGGUGCACUACUUGGAAUUCAGGGAAACCAAGAAACAAAUGACUCCAUUUGGAAACAGUAGCUUCUGUAAGGGGUGAUUGGAAUGAAAAAAUCACAUUUAGAUAUUCUGAUUCCUUUAAACCAAGAGAAAGAAAAACAUUGGAGAUAUUUCCAUGGCCUGGUUAACUUUUCACACAACCAUUAUUUACCUUUUAUAAUUUUUUUAAAAUCAAUAUGUUGACUAAAUUUGCUAUUGUGGCUAUUUGGUUUUAAAAGUUAACUAUUUACUAUUUUUUCUAUUUAUUUUAAUGCUCCCUCUGUACUUUGACAUUAAAACUAAAUGUGUGUCUGGCUGAAAAUAUAAAUAUUAACUAUAUUAACUGCAGGGUUGCAAGUUAAACCAAGCCAUGCUAAAGUCCAUGAGACUUUGGUAAUUUGUAUCUAUGCAAAGAGCACCUUUUCAUGAUCAACUCCUUUUUUUUCAAAUAAUGAAGUGGUACAGUGUAAAUAAUAUUGCAUUUUUGUCCUGUUUAGUGCAAUUUUAUCUUAUUAUUCAGAGUUCUGUGUUUGAGGUGCACCAAUUUGUCUCUUAACUGUAUCACCCAUUCUUAAUCUAGCUUCAAAACAAGGGGGCUUUAAUAACUAUCUGUACCAAAUUGCGUUAUCUGUUCUUGCUGAACAGUUGGAAUAAUGUAGGGAUAGCUGAAACCAAAAAUAAAAUUUAUUUCCUGUCACAUUCUCUCUAAAUGUGUAAAUCAAAACCAAGUCUCCUUUUCCUCAAUAGUUGGCAUAUGUUUAUGUAACUGUACUUUUGGUAGAACUAUUAACAUGAUCAUUGGGGUCUUCUGCUCCUUCAGUCCACUCUCUGCUUUAACGUCAGUGUCCUGGAGGUUCAAAAAUAAGUGGAAACUUAACACAACCCUGUGCCCCAUUCUUUAAACGGUAUUACCAGAGGGCAUUUUCCUUGCUGCUCAUUCCAUAGUGAGGCUGCUACUUUUAAUAGGAAAGCAAUCACUGUUGCUGCAAUCCAGAAUCUUUAAUUUUAGGAAUGAUAGGAUCUUAAGUGGGAGCCUUGGGAGGAGGAGGAGGAGGAGGAGGAGGAGGGGGAAAGGAGACUUGACCUUUUUUCAAAACAAAAAUCUCUAAUGCUUUGCCCGAUAUCCAGAUGGAGUCUACCUGAGCUCAUAGAUUUGCACUAUUGCCUCUUGAGCUAGCUGAGCAAUAUGGGGAACAUUUGCAUUGCAGUGAUUGAUAUUGUUAAAUGUCUUGGCCAUGAUCGGAGAGUGAAAUUGUGAUGGAGGUGGUGUACUGCUGGACUCCUUAAAGGUACGCAUGUGUGGACUACCGCCUGCAGUUCACUCACACGUCAUUCUUGCCUCUGCUAUGCGCAACAAAUUAAAGGCGGUACUACUCUUCCAGUUUUGUCCAUCCAUGUAAUGGUGGUGGGGGUGGUGCUGCUGCUGCUGUACGUCUAAAAUAUUCAUGUGGGUAACGAACCUACCAUCCAACACUGGAACCUUGGCCUGUUUCUUGUUCGUUGUGGGGUUAUUUACUGAUGCAACUGUCUUUGGUUCCUGGGAUCGAUGAAGUUGCUGUGUAUUGGAUGAUGAGUUUUGAUGCAACAUGUUGGCUUUAAUGAGAUUGUUUAAGAUUCAGGUUUAAAUGUAAUUGGCUAUGCAACAACUAGACACAGUCACAAUAAGCAAUCCUCGGGCAGUUUAAGCUAACCAAGCCUGAGGCUAGUGGCACAAAUUGUUUAAAAUGUAUGUUUAAAUCUAUGAAUAUCCUUGUAUUUUACUGUUAUCAGUUUUAUUGAAAUUUUGAAUUGUAAUAAACAUUACCAGGAAAGUG